CGAGCGUUAAGAUGGGACCGUUCAGCUUCACUCUGGCUCAGGUCUACAUCAGCUUCAUAUCGACCCUGGUCGUACUGCCUGCUAACAUCCUACAGGUGCAGCUAUUCCGUAAGGCACGGCCGAAGAGAAACGAGGUGGCUGUUGGUGGCAUCACCGGACAGAAUAAGAAGUUCCAGUGGAAGGCUGCCACGGCUGAGACGUCACUGUGGAGCAACUUUGAUGAACACAAGACGAAGUUCCACGGAUUCAUACAGUCGGUGAGGAAGACGUUUGACAUCAACAAUCUGUACGGGGAACCGGUGGAGAACAGCAAAUACUCGGUGGGAAACAAGGGCUCUAAGUACAAGAAGAAGAAGAAGAGUAAACUCUACCCACACUGGGUGGUUUACAUCGGCUGGGCCAGCGUCAUCCUUACCGUGUUCACGUCCGGAUUCUUCGUGAUCCUCUACAGCAUGGAGUGGGGACCGGAGAAGUCUGCACAGUGGCUCACCGCCAUGGUGCUCUCCUUCAUCGAGUCCGUCGUCUUCGUACAGCCAUUCAAGGUGCUGGCGCUUGCUCUCUUCCUCUCCUACAUUCUCAAGAAGCCAGACUUGUCAGAGGAAGAUGACUCUGAGCCUAUUAUCAACGCGACCCCGGGACCAGAUGAAGAACUAAUUGGCGCGAAGAAACCGGUGGCGUCGCAUCGUAGCCGCAUGAACAACGACAUGGCCAAGUUUAUGCCGCCGGAGACUCUCGAUCUUGAGAAGAUGCGGGAUCAGCGGAUGAAGGAACUGAAGAUGGAGGCUGUCAUUAAGGAGAUUGUCAUCUACGUCCUCUUCCUCGGCUCUCUACUCAUCCUGGCCCAUCACAACAAAACCGAAGAAUGCUUCCUGAUGACUAAGUCUGUGCGUGAGAACUUUGUUCACAGCGAGGGAGACUCCGCUAUCGGCAUGUACGUCAUGGGUUCCAACCCAGGCGGACAGGGUGCUCUGGUCCACCAAAUCAGUCAGUGGGACGACGUAUGGCCGUGGUUGAAUAAGACGCUCGUGCCGUCGCUGUACGCCGGUAACUGGUACAACGGCAGCGGGAUCACGGAGCACAUGCAACGCUACGUGAAGAAUCGUGAAGCCUUACGAGUCGGUCUCAUCCGACUGCGCCAGCAACGCAUCAAGAAAGAGAAGUGUAAAGGCACGGCCAGUAAGAUAGUGAGUAAGUGCUGGUCUGGCGAUGAUAAGGGUGACUAUAGAGAAGGCUGGGUUGCCAUGAAUGAGACCGAGGCUGAUCAGUAUGAGGCCGACAGGAAGGCAGCGAAGAAACUCGCAAAGAAAUCGAAGAAGUACACGUGGAAGGAUUCGCCGUGGAUCUUCCAAGACGCCUUCCGCUUGGCGGGUCUUCCUUUCAUCGGCACGCUGGACGUGUAUUUGGGAGGCGGUUAUGUUCUCGACCUUCCCGCUACAGCCGACGAGGCGCACGCGUACAUCAACGAGGUGCUCUCGCAGGGCUGGAUCGAUCACAACACGCGCGUCCUGUUCAUAGAGUUCACCGUGUACAACGCGCAGGUGAACCUGUUUACAACGGCCACGCUGUGUGUGGAGUUUAGCCCCAUGGGCGGAGUGUUCAACUACGAACAGGUACCGUAUGCUUUUAAGUUGAGAGUGAAAACGAGGAUCCGAUAUGAGGGUCUGAAUGAUAAAUGUAAGAUGGCAGACAUUGAGAGUAAUAAGACCUGA